AUGGCGUGGGCUUGCUCGGGAACCUCCAACUCGGAGUUGAUCAACAACAUGGCCGCCAACGGCCUGAUCAACUCCGACCGCGUCAAAAAGGCCAUGCUAGGCGUUAACCGCGCUCAUUAUUCACCCUCGCGCGCCUACGAGGACUCGCCUCAGCCGAUUGGCCAUGCGGCCACCAUCUCCGCUCCACACAUGCACGCGUCUGCCUGCGAAUCGCUGCUUGAGUUCCUCAACCCUGGCGCGAAAGUCCUCGAUAUUGGCAGCGGUUCUGGAUACCUCUCACACGUUAUGGCGGAGCUGGUGAAGCCCAACGGGACCGUCAUCGGUGUGGAUCAUAUUCAGGAGCUGGUGGACCUUGCGAAGAGGAACACGGCCAAGAGCCCAGAAGGCAGGGAGCUAAUGGAGAGCGGCGCGGUGAAGUACAUUACUGCGGACGGCCGGAAGGGCUGGCCGGAAGGCGCGCCUUACGACGCCAUCCAUGUCGGGGCUGCGGCGGCGGAACAUCAUCAAACCCUUGUGGACCAACUGAAGGCGCCUGGAAGGCUGUUCGUCCCGGUGGAAGAGGGAUACAUGCAGCACAUCUAUGUUGUCGACAAGAAGGAAGACGGCAGCGUGGAGAGGAAGAAGCUGUAUGGCGUGCAGUACGUGCCUUUGACAGAUGCACCAAAGCACUCGUAA